AUGAACACUAGUCUGGCCAUUGGGUCGGUGGGCCUGUACGAUGCAAUAUGCAGAGAUAUCGGUCGGUCGAUCGAGGCCGUCCGUCCUGUUGCAGUGGCAGACGUGACACCGGGCUCUGAGCGUCCGUCAAUGUCGAAUAAUGCUGAGUCGCUCACUGCGAGGAUUGAGCGUUUAGUACGAGAAAACAACCAACAGCGAGCAGAGCUCGAUCGCCUCCAACAUAAGAUCACGGAGGUCACCGACAUAUCCGAAGGCUGGAAAAUGAGAUACACGCAGCUAGAAAAGGAUCUUAUUAGGGAGCAAAGCAUAGUAUGCAGCUUGGAAGAAGCAUUGAGUAAUCUUCAACGCCAUGUACAUGAAGCUGUCCAAUCAUCGAGGCAGCGUCGAAUUCGCCAGGUCAACGGUGAAGACACUGCUUUGGCUCCCACGGAGGCUGAUCGGAACUGA